AUGGCUGCCGACGGACCACGACCUGGGUUCCUUGGGAACAUCAACCAGGAACAGGAGGCCAAGCUGCAGAAGCUCUGGACAAUUCUACUCAAGGCGGGCGAGCCGUCUAUGGGCGAAGAAGCACCGAAUGGCUGCGUCGAGGAACAUACUAGCCCUGCCCAGCCCCAAAGACGCCAAUCCCUCCUUGGCCGCACGCAAAGCAAUCUUUCUGAUAAGACUACCACAGCGCCUACUACACCUUACCAACAAAAGAUCUUGAGAUAUCUUGGUGAGAUCGGAGCAGGAGCGCCCGAGUGUAAAGCAAUCCAGAAUGCGCUCUCCGAGAUUACACCCACGGAGCUCCGUACAGGAGUGCUCGAUACCCUUAAGCAUGACCACCCGGAUGCUAUGCUCCUGCGAUUUCUACGAGCUCGAAAGUGGGAUGUGCCAAAGGCAUUUGCCAUGAUGAUGGAAGCCAUUGUGUGGCGAGUGAAAGAAAUGCAUGUGGAUGAGGACGUUAUGGCUAAGGGAGAGCUCCAUGCCCUCCGACAGACUCAAAAUACAUCGAGCACGAGUGAGCAGAAAGCUGGGAACGACUUCCUGUCUCAAAUGCGCAUGGGAAAGAGCUACGUGCAUGGCGUUGACAAGGUCGGCCGGCCGAUCGUCGUGGUGAGAGUUCGCCUGCACAAGCCAGGAGCUCAGACUGAAGAGUCAUUGGAACGCUAUAUUGUGCAUGUUAUCGAGUCGGUGCGAUUGACAUUGUCUCCCCCAGUCGAAACUGCUGCUGUGUUAUUCGACAUGACCAACUUCGGAUUAUCGAACAUGGAAUAUCCACCCGUAAAAUUCAUCCUGAAGUGUUUUGAGGCGAACUACCCCGAAUCCUUGGGCAUCAUGCUCAUUCACAAAGCCCCAUGGGUGUUCUCUGGCAUUUGGAAACUUAUCCGAGGAUGGAUGGAUCCUGAGAUUGCCGCCAAAGUUCAAUUCACGAAUAGUGUCGACGAUCUCGAGAAAUUCAUCUCUCGUGAUCAGAUUGUGGAGGAGAUGGGUGGCGACGAGAAGUGGUCAUACGAAUACGUCGAACCGGAUGCCCACGAAAAUGAUCGGAUGAACGAUACUACUACCCGCGAUGCUCUGAAAGCCGAGCGUGAAGCCAUUGGUGAAGAAUUUCUAUCCGCGACCUCAUCAUGGAUUGAUGCAUCCAAAACAAAGGACACUAGCAAGAUCCAAGCCAGCGAAAGUGAGAGGGCUUAUCUGGUGGAGAGACUGCGAGUCAACCACUGGAAGCUUGACCCUUAUGUUCGAGCUCGUCUUUGCCUGGACCGAACGAGGAUUAUCCAGGAGGGUGGAAAGAUUAAUUUCUACCCAAAGGAUGUUCCCGCCGAAACUCAGGUUGUUGAAACAACGAAGUUAUCGGAAGUGGAACACUUGGAAAGGGUGAACCGGAGCGCUACGCAGACCACUGUCUCUUAA